AUGGCGACGCGCGCCCCCCCUCCUACGGCCUUCGAGCUGGGCAGCCAGGCAUGGUUUGAGGCCGCAACCAUUGACGACGGCCCGUUCCCGUCUGAACCGGUUGCGCCGCCCCUCAUCUUCACGGGCCUGUUCCUGGCCCUGUGGGCGUGGAAGUGUCUCAUGAUGGUGCUGUUCCAGAACGCCAUCAUUUACAAUCCGUUUAUGCCGCCCAAUGCGCGCAGCAUGCGGAUCGCCGACGUGGCGCGCGAGUGUCGUGGUAUACGGUGGCGCGAGGAGAGGAUCAGGUCGUUAGAUGGGACCGAGAUUGCUCUCUGCAUCAGCGAGGAUGAGACCAGCAGGGCUGGUGUCACGCCUGUUUAUGUUCUGUACUUUCAGGGCAAUGCUUCCUCCCUCCCUCCCCGUCUACCCGACCUUUCAUGGGUUCUUCGUCGAUUACGCGAUACCGAUCCGAAAUCGAACUACACCUUCGUAGGCCUCAGCUACCGUGGUUACUGGACGUCGCACGACCGACCAUAUGAGAAGGGCAUCAAUAAGGACUCCGAGGCUGCACUACGCUGGAUAUCCAAGUUCCACCGUACGAAGUCACAACAAGAGGAACAACAGCCUGUCGUCGUACUCUACGGCCAGAGCAUAGGAUGUGGCCUGGCGACAAACCUAGCUGCCACGACGCGGGCCAUGUCAAUCGAUGCACUGGUCCUCGAAACGCCCUUUGUCUCGACGCGGGCCAUGCUCACGGCUCUCUAUCCGCAGCGCUGGCUGCCAUAUCAGUACCUGUGGCCGUUCCUGAGGAAUCAUAUGGACAGUUGGGCCAAUUUUGGCGUUAUUGCCUCUGCAUCCUCAUCCGCAUCCUCGGCUGAACAAAAACAGCCGGCCGUGUAUAUGGUCCACGCUGGGAAAGACGAGCUAGUCCCCGCAGAGCAAGGCGAGACGCUUUACCAGAGAUGUCAGCACCUCGGGCUGUCGGUGCAGCAGGUCAAGGUGCGCGGGGCGCUGCACAACGAGGCCAUCAUCCGGAUGCAGGGCAAGGAGGCCAUUGCGAAAUAUCUGACGUCGGCUGUUGAGGGGGCACGAGCUCGGGCCCAUGUCGCCACUGCUUCCGAGCCAAGACAUGGCGAACCAUGA